AUUCCGCUGUCAGCCAAUUCACGGCCGUGCUCAAGUACUUACUGGCACACAGGGGGGCCGUUGCAGAUACACGCGAAAAAUAUUUACUUUUAAAUUCGUAACUUCUAUCAUUAGCCACGACCGAGGAGCUGCCUGUGUAAUAACGAGUCUGACCCGGAGUCGUAAAGGCUGCGCAGGGUGAAGUCGGGGGAGACGGACAGGAAAAAAACAAAGAUGGCUGUGUAGCCAGAGAGACGAGUCCCAGCAGAACUGUCUCUAGCCGCGGCUUUAAUCACCGACAGGUCCCGUGGGUCCCGUGGACAGUCAGCCGGUACCGGAGCAGGGACGUUAGACGAGCAGCCGAGCUGGGCCGGUGGUGCACAUCGUUGUAAUCUGCUGUCAUUGCGAAUAACGGCGUCGAGAGUACAACAACAGCUGAGAGACGCCUGAGUUGUUUUUGUUCUGCCUGGGCAAAGGGAGAGGACUGCUGUGUUUUUGUCAACGUAGCUAGCCGCAUAGUCUGCUAGCCUCACUGCUCAGCCUGGUCGCGGCAGGUACACCUCAGACAUUUCUAGAAAGCCAUCGCCAUGUCUUCACUGGAAGAGAGAGACGUGGGCGUUGCGGCCGCCCCUGGCUCCUCCUCGGCCGGCUUGGGGGUCGGGGCCGUGGGGGCAGCGGUGGAGGCUGUCGCCGGGGUCGCAGCCAUGCAGGAGGAGGUCGGGAUACGGCGAGAAGGGCCCGAACCUGACCCAGACGAGCCACCCAAGAAGAGGGUGAAAAUUCCCGAGGGAGAGUCAGGAAAGCUGGAGGAGAGACUGUACUCAGUGCUGUGCUGCACCGUGUGCCUAGACUUGCCCAAGGCGUCUGUAUACCAGUGUACCAAUGGACACCUGAUGUGCGCGGGCUGCUUUAUCCACCUCCUGGCUGAUUCUCGCCUCAAGGAGGAGCAGGCCACGUGUCCCAACUGCAGGUGUGAGAUCAGCAAGAACCUGUGCUGCAGGAACCUUGCCGUGGAGAAGGCUGUCAGUGAGCUGCCGACAGAAUGUACCUUCUGCCUCAAACAGUUCCCCCGCUCCAGCUUAGAGAGACACCAGAAAGAGGAGUGCCAAGACAGGGUGACGCAGUGCAAGUACAAGAGGAUCGGCUGCCCUUGGCAAGGUCCCUUCCACGAGCUGCCGGCACAUGAGAGCGAGUGCUCCCAUCCCACCAAGACUGGUACAGAGCUGAUGGGAAUACUGGGAGAGAUGGACCAGAGCCACCGCAGAGACAUGCAGCUCUAUAACAGCAUCUUCAGCCUGCUCUGCUAUGAAAAGAUCGGCUUUACAGAGGUGCAGUUCAGGCCGUACCGCACUGAUGACUUCAUCACUCGUCUGUACUAUGAAACGCCGCGCUUCACUGUUCUCAACCAGACGUGGGUGCUGAAGGCCCGCGUGAACGACUCUGAGCGCAACCCCAACCUGUCCUGCAAGCGCACACUCUCCUUCCAGCUCAUCCUCAAAAGCAAGGUGAACUCGGCCCUGGAGUGCUCCUUCCUGCUGCUGAAGGGGCCGUACGACGACGUGCGGAUCAAGCCGGUCAUCCACCACCACUCCUUCAGCAACGACACCAACGAGACCGACUACGUCCCUCUGCCCAUCUCCGACUCGGUGGAGUGCAACAAACUGCUGGCCGCCAAAAACAUCAACCUGCGCCUGUUCAUCUUCCAAGUCCAAAAAUAAAAGAGUGAGGGAAGAAGAGGAGGAGGAGGAGGAGGUGGAAGAAGAAGAAGAAGAGGAGGGGUGAUGGAGGGCGAGGGGGAGAGAGAGCUGGGUGAUGAGGAUUAAAGAGAGACACCACUGAACCACUGAUACCUCUUAACACCUACACACACUCACACAGAUGCACACAUUCACGCAGGGUAUACACGCCUACACACACACACACGCACACACACGCACACACUCGCAUAUAUACAUGCACACACGCACACACGCACGCACACACACACACACACCACUAAUUACACUUACCUCCUUUUACAAGAUAGUGAGACCCCUUGCUCGGGUAGCAGCGAGUUGCUAUGGAGAUGGGUGGGCAUAGUUAUGGGAUGGAGGGGUGGGGUGGGGCUUGGGGAGGGGGUUCUGGGAUGGUUGGUGUGUACCUGUGGAGGCUCUCUGAGGUCGAGUGCGAUCUCUCACCCCCGACGCCCACAGCCAAAGGUAGCACACACACCGACCAAAGCAGGAUCUGCUGGGUGCGUUUGUUGUGUUUGUGCGUGUGUGUGUGUGUGUGAUUGUGAGUGCGCGGAAGAGAGUUAAGCGACGGACCCUGGAGUGUGGCCCCAAACUCUGCUUUUAUGUUGAAGUGUCCCAAAGACGUGAUAAUGUGAAACUAGAGCGACUGACUCUGUUGAGCUGUUCUCUGGACAUGCGAGUGGUCGUCACGGACAUGUGUAUGUAUGUGUGUGAGCGAGUGUGUGUUUGUCUUCACCCUUCCCUCUACACACUUUAUGCCUGAGUGUAAUCAACAGUUUCUUUCUGUUUUGGCUAAAGUGCCCGUUCUGCGUCUUUCCGAAACAGAGGAAAGGCGGCGCCCCCUCCCCUCCUCCCACUGACCCCCUUUUACCUUUCAACACGAGGAGAGAUGGCCUGGCUGCAUGCAUAUUUUAGUUCUUAUUCCUCCAGCUGUGGUUAUAUUUAACCUUCAACUCUAAUACUAUUUUUAUUUCUCUUAACUUUAAAUAUUUAAGUACCUGUGAACUUUUUUUUCAUUUUAGUUGGGUUUUAUAGCGCGUGACUGGCUAUUUCUGUGUGUGUGUGUGUGUGUGUAAACAGAUCAUAACUGUGAGAUUCUUGUGAACAUGUCCCUGUGUGGAAAGCAGUACAAUCCUCGAGGACGAGACGGGCAAGGCUGGAUUUAUCAUCAGGAGAUUCAGGGGCCCCAGAGGCCCCGGGUUCACACCGUCAGGAGAUUACCGCUAAUUUGAUUAAUGCAGAUUUGUCGCACCCAUUAGGUACAAUGACAACAACACCUCCUUAAUAUCAUGCUCGUAUGUGUUUCUUUUUUCUUCUUCUUUUUUUUUUUUAAUGCGCAGAGAUGCUCUCAGUUUGAAAGGCAGUCAUUAGACCUUGAGUGAUAAAUGUUGUAUCAGCGUUCACGUCGGCCGAUGCGUCGUGGAAGAAUGCCGGCUCAAGAUCGUUUGCAGACACGAAAACUUCGAUUCUUCCAGUGUGAAAUGUGACGCUCCGAAUGUAUCCCGGCCACGAUUGUUUUUAAAGGUCCGGUGUGUAGGAUUUAGCAGCUAAGGGCCGUCGUAUUUUUGUUUUCUUAGAAAGAGCCUUUUAUGUCUACACAGGCCACAAAUCCUGCCACUCUUGGCAACAACCUUGGUUAGUUGUUACAGGCAAACAAGACCACAAGGAAAGAGACCAAAAUGCCGCUUAGUAGAAAUCCGAAUCAGUCGUGAUCGUCAACCGUGCAUCAGUGGUUGAUUUGUUUGGCUGUGAUUGAGCAAUAUAAUAAUGCUGUUUUUUUUGUGAGAUACAAAUGGACUUUAAACUUCAAAUGUAGUAUCCCUAAAUAUGAAUUAUUUUUCAUAAUCUGAGCAUGACGGGUGGAGUGAGACUGCACAGGAAGUCUCGGGAUCUUAGUCCCAUUUUUGCAGCGUAACAAUACAACAGGUGUCUGCUUGUGGUCUGCGGUCCACCAUUAAAUAUUAUUUUGGCCCUCCAACAAUGAAAGUUUGGACACCCCUAGUGUAGUUUGUUGUAAGCUGCAACCGCACCGCUCGAUGCAUCUAAAUCCUACACGCUGUUCCUUAACGUGAGUUAACACAGUUUGUUAUGUGGUAUCCUUAAGACAAAAUAAAUACGCCGUUCGAAAAAACAAUGAGAAUUUGAUUUUAAAACUCUCAGAUACAGCCACCAGAACGAGUCCAGUAUCGGUCGAACUACAUUAGCAUCAUCUCAUGCACACAAUAUGUAGAUAUCACAUUUUUCUUUCAUCAUGAGGGAAACACUUUUUUUUCUGACACAAAUGAAAUGAUUUCACCUAAAGUCAGUGACUACGUGACGUUCAGAGAACCUGGGCCAGCACUGAGAGCGCUGGUUGGACUUUUGGGAAACCGACCUUUAGCGAGAGCUGUGCGCGCUGCGUCGUUGUAACUGAUGGGUGAACUUGGAGGCAGCAGGGGCCCAAAAGCUGAGGAUGAAUCACCACCAACAGGGGGGCUUAACCUCAACUGUGAGCCCGGAGUCUGAGAGACUGAAGAAAAGUCUCCCAGACUGAGACUUCUCUGGAACAUCAGACUUUGGGUUUUGAUGGAUGGUGUGUGUGUGUGUGUGUGUGUGUGUGUGUGUGUGUGUGUGUGUGUGUGUGUGUGUGUGUGUGUGUGUGUGUGUGUGAGCGUGUGAGCGUGUGUGUGUGUCAGGGGUGGGGCCGGGUUGGAGUUUUACCUUACUAAGGUGACAUGUUAGUGUUAGACUUACUUGAACGAGAAGAUGUUACUUAAGUAGACUCUACUGUAAAGCAGAUAGAUCUCUCUCCUCCUGACCUCUACUUCCUGUAUUUCUGUGUUUUAAUGCUUCGUCUCUAUGCCAGUGGACUCACUCAUCUCACUAUGGCUGUACAUGUGCCUUUUAUUAAAGAUCAUGGAACCUGCA